GUGGAUUGUGAUGCGUCGCCAUAUGCGAAGAACUCGAUCUAGCAAGACAUUAGCGCCUAGCAUUCAUUGCUGCAACGUUCCUCACUGCGACUGGUAUGAAGAGCAGGCCAGCAGAUAAGGAUAUGCGGCCUGCCGGGCCCCGCAUGGCGAAAGGAUUUGACGCUCUUCCCACGAGAAGGUGGAUACAGCGCUUGUCGUGCUGAAUAUUGCACGGUGCGGCUACGCGACAUUGCCGUGCUCGGGCGCACGCAAUUGUUACCCCUCAUGGCCCUCCCAGCCGGCCGGAUAUUUGCAGUAGAGACUGGCGAAUAUGCAGAUGAUCAUUUGGCCGUGCGCAUCAACACCAAGGCCUCAUCAUCUCUUGAAGGCAGCAUCAGGCACAUGAAUCAAAUGCCAGCGCUGGAGCAUCGAUGCAUCCACAAAGACACCGAUCUGGUUCGUGGCUACCUGCUUGCUGCUAACGGCUGUUACGUGGGAGCGGGUGUGCGCCCUAUCAUGCGCAAGGACAACAUUGAAGCAGGCAAAGAGCAACUCACGGAGCUGCACAUUCGGAACACAGUGCCUAUCCAGUAUUGCGGUUAUCGCGUCCAGCGCGGCGAGCGCGGCUUCGAUGAAUCCCAAGACGGUUCAAGCUGGACGAGUGUUCGUGGAGCUGCUGGCAUUAAUUUGGACGUCAGUGGUCCAUAA